AUGCCUAUGGAUGAUGUUGAUGUGGGUAAUAUUAGGAAAUUAUCGGUGCUUUUGUUUACCGCUAAAGUGGAAAACUUGAUGUGGGACAACAUGCAAGAUCCACAAGUUGAACACAACAUUUGGGUCAUAUGGAGAGGAAAGAAGUUUAAUGUGGAGAUCAACGCGGGUGCUACUCUCAAGGACCUCGGGCAUGAACUGCAAAAGUUAACUAAUGUCAAAGCAGAUACGAUGAAGCUAAUUGUUCCACAGUUUUCUGAUAAAAGCUCAAAAUUGCUAUCUCCUUUCUCUGAUGAGCAUGAGAAGUUGAGUUUAGAGGAAACUUCAAUCAUUGAGGGAAAGUCCAUCAGAAUGAUGGGAGUGUCUGAACAUGAGGUUGAUGAAGUUUUACAACAUGCAAAGACAAACUUAAGGAUAGCUGGAUUUGAUGAAGAGGAAAUGAGAUUGAGGCAGCGAAUGUCAUACAGGCCUCAUACUCUGAAACUUCCACAAGGACCUUAUAUCUUUUGUGAUUUCCGAACACUUCAACUUCCAGGAAUUGAGUUGAACCCCCCGGUGUCAGAGGCAUUGAAAAGAAUGCACAUGCUUGCUGCAGAUCCUGGAAUUAUUUCUGUCAUGAACAAGCAUCGUUGGCGUGUGGGAAUCAUGACUGAGAUGGCCCCUGUUGGUUAUGUUGGCAUAAGUCCCAAAUGCAUCCUCGGCUUCAAUAAGAACCACGGGGAGGAGAUAUCUUUGCGCCUUCGAACUGAUGACCUUAAGGGUUUCAGGAAAUAUGAAAGUAUCAAGAAAACUCUUUUGCAUGAGCUUGCUCACAUGGUAUAUUCUGAACAUGAUGCGAACUUCUAUGCUCUGGAUAAACAGUUGAACCAAGAAGCUGAAAGUUUAGAUUGGACGAGAUCAAGAAGUCACACACUGAGUGGAGUGCAGUAUUCAGAUCAUUAUGAAGAAAAUUUCUAUGUUGGAGGCAGAAGUAAUUCUUCUCAGAAGCUUGGAGGAAAUAUGUCAGAUCGGCUUCCAAGUGCUCGUACAUCUUCAGUGGCUGCUGCUUAUCAACGUCUAGCAACUGCUCAUGAUAGUGUGUCUGAAGUACAUGAAGAAUCACACCCUGAUGAUUCCAUCCCCCAUAUGAAAAAAGAAUCCAGCCAUACGGAUUUUGUGGGAAAAGGAAACUUAGAGAUCGGAAGUUCACACAAAAUUCAGUGGAAACGUGAUAUGGAGCCUGAUCCUGAUGACCAGUCUGGUAAUCAGAACAAUUUUGAGCCCAGUCCUGAUGAAUCUUCCUCUCAAUCUUUGGGAAGCAGGACACUUUUUGGACAAGAUUUUAGUGAGUCUAUGAUGUCUCAACCUGUGUCACAUUCGGUAAGUAACAGGAAGUUGGAAGGGACAGAGUCUCGUGAAGAACCAGAUGCUGAUUACAUGGAAGCUUGCCUGAAGCAUGAUGUUGUAGCUGAACCUGAACCUUUUCACUCUCACGAGAUGGAGAUUUUGGAAAGCAGGAUUCAGCUAAGGAAUAAUGUGGACGAACCAGAUCCUGAUGACUUGGAUGCAAAACCAGAUGAUUUAGGAUGUGGUUCUUAUGGAAAUAUCAUAAGACCUAACCAUGAUGAUUGUUUGGUUAGUGAAACUAUCAAAUAUGAAGCCCAUCCAAGGAAGGUUCAUAAUGAACCUGAUCCUGAUGAUUCUCAAUCAAAUGGAGUCAUUCAGGCAGAACCUGAUCCUGAUGAUUCUCAAUCAAUUGGAAUCAUUCAGGCAGAGCCUGAUCCUGAUGAUAAUUUGGUGCAUCCACGGGAAAUAUCCAGAAUGCAGAUUGAUGAACCUGAUCCAGAUGAUGAAGAAUUUCAAAGAAUUCAAGACCCUGUGACAGUUUUUUGUAAACGCUUACGGGAGAACAUUGAGUUGCUGCAAGCUGAGGUUAAUCCCACACAGACUACCACAGUCCUCCAAACUCUCUUUAAGAUAAUAAGGAAUGUGCUCGAACACCCAGGUGAGAUUAAAUACAGAAGACUGCGCAAGGCUAACCCGGCAAUCCAAAGGAAUGUGGCAAACUACAAAGCUGCCAUGGGUAUCCUUUUCCUGAUUGGCUUCAAUGAAAAUGUUGUGGAUGAAAUUGGAAGACCAGAAACUUAUCUAGUGUUGAAGCGGGAUGAUCCGGGCUUAUUAUGGCUUGCCAAGUCCUCCCUUGAGACAUGUAUUACUUUCUAG